AUGGAGGGCGCACGGUGGUUUCGUAGGAGGUGCGCGACUCUCCUGGUCGCUGGUUCCCUGGUAUGCCUUGGGUGGCAGGCCGCGCGGGCGGAUCUUCCCAUUCACUCGACAGUCUCCGAUAUAAAAGGGGAUUGGACCUUCUUCUUGUCACCCCCUGUGACGGGAGCCGUCAACAGUUGCGGGUCGCCGGCUCCCAACAGGAAUCUCGCAAAUUUGCGCGAUGAACUGAAGGACUAUAAACUGUUUCUAGAAAACUACGGAGGUAUUCAGACGCAACUGCAUCUGUCGCUAGAUGACACUCCUGUCAGUUUUGCGGCGGUCCGCGCGGCUACUACGACCGACAAUGCACACAGAGCUGGGUGGAAAACUCUAGGAGUGUUUGAUAGCAAGGAUAAAAAGAAGCUUGUCGGCGGCUGGUCAACAGUGUACGACGAAGGUUUUGAGGCACACGUCGGUGACGAUUUGAGACUCAUGGGGUUCUUAAAGUAUUAUCCCAAGGACAACUGCUCGCCCCACGAUGGCGACUUGGAGAAUUCUCAAGGAGACACCUCGUGCUACGCGACAGACUCGUCAAGAACUCAUAUCGGCUGGUAUAUUCGUCACCCAACGCAAGGCGAUGUGUCAUCGGGAUGCUUUUAUGCGGAGAAGACUAACACAAAAGACGCGGACCCUGUCUCUUUUGUUUUUGUCGAGACCACGUCGAGGGCGGGCCGCAAUUCUAGCAGUGCCAGAGACAAAAUGUCUAGCAACGCGGCAUCGUAUAUUUCCAGAGAGUUCGUUGAUAAGCACAACGCCUCAGCCGCCUCAAGCUGGCGAGCCGGAGUUAACUCUGUGUUCGAAAAUAUGGGUCAACACGAUCUGCUACGGUUUGUGAAGAAUUUCGGCUUCAAGAAAAUGCGGCGCAGAGGUGGCGUCGAUGCUAACCCAUCCUUCAUGCAAUCCAGUUCCGGCGCGUCAAGUGCGGAAAUGGAUACCGCUGCUACGCAGGUGUAUGCUUGCCCGUGCAAGAACGGUGAAAAACCCUUGGACACAAGAGAUAGAAAUGAGUCUGAUGAUACACUGGCGGUUCUCUCGCCAGUGAGCGCGUUGGAAACUGGAAGCUCAAGUUUCCUGGCUGCAGUCAAUCGUCAUGAGUCGCUGUCAGAACGCGGCAUCGGCGCUGAGAUGGAUGCUCACGCUCAGAGCCCGUCACAAGGUUCCGAUAUCCUCCCAGUUUGGGAGCCCGAACGCGCCAUUCACCAGACUGACGGAAAGGGACACUUGAUCCUCCCGAAGGCAUUUUCUUGGUCAAAUCCGUUCUCAGGCAGCGCUUUUGACGAGCACGUUAUCAAUCAAGGGGGAUGUGGUAGCUGCUAUGCGGUGGCAGCUACAUACGCUCUGCAGAAACGGUUUGAGAUUGCCGCAUCUCGUAUGCUUGGACGGAAAGUGAGGCUCUUUGGUUCCACUUCGGAAUCAGAGACUGCGGGCAGCGGCAAGUCGAUAUCCUUCUUAAACAUCGGCAGCACAACCCAGCUUGGCGAGUUAUCACCACAGUCGGUCCUCUCCUGCUCGUUUUACAAUCAAGGAUGUGACGGAGGUUUCCCGUAUCUUGUGGGAAAGCACGCCAGGGAUAUUGGCAUUCCCCAGUCCGGCUGCAUGAAGUAUCAUGCCAAUGACAUGGAGGCCUGCCCGUUCCAGAGGACAGCGGCACUCGGCCACGCAGAGAAGCCUUCGAUGCUGCAGGACAGUGCGACUGCGGAGGCAUGCGCGGAGCAUUCCAGAUGGUAUGCAAAGGACUACGGUUAUGUCGGCGGGUGCUACGAAUGCAACCAAUGCUCAGGAGAACGGCAGAUAAUGGAAGAGAUCUACAAGAAUGGUCCUGUCCCGGUCGCGUUUGACGCGCCUCCUUCCCUCUUUGCCUACAGUUCAGGAAUCUUUGACACAGUUUCGGACCACGCGCGCGUGUGUGAUACUGACGCUCCACAGUGCAAAGGUGUCCUAACCGGGUGGGAGUACACCAACCAUGCUGUUACGCUAGUUGGCUGGGGCGAGACAAAAGCGACUGAUACAGAAGGAGCAAAGAAGUACUGGAUUGUGAGGAACACAUGGGGUCCGUCUUGGGGCAAUCAAGGUCACUUGAUGAUUGCUCGUGGCAAGAACUUGGGCGGCAUUGAAAGCCAAGCAACUUUCAUAGAUCCUGAUUUCACGAGAGGACAAGGGCUGAAGGUGGCCGAAGCGAUUGCUAAUCUCAAGCGGAAUAACCCUGCCGAAUGA